UCCACGCAUAUAUAUAGUCCCCGGGUUAAGAACGCCCGUUUACAGACGAUUCAUCGUUAGAGUGGACCUAUUAUAGCAAAAUUUGAGUUAAAUACACAAUGAUUCGAGUGGAAAAGGACUGCUCCCUGGGCCUCAUCAUGGAUCCUGCGGCGUCACAAAUCCACCCCGUUGCUUCCAAGAGGAAUGCCCACAUCCUUGUAGGGGUAACGGGGAGCGUAGCUGCGUUAAAGUUGCCUCUUCUGGUGGCAGAGCUUCUGAAGAUACCUGGACUGGAAGUUCAGGUGGUGACUACAGAGAAUGCAAAACACUUCUAUAAUCCUGAAGAGAUUCCCGUAAGAAUCUACAGUGACUCCGAUGAGUGGCAGAUGUGGAAAAAGCGCACCGAUCCUGUGCUACAUAUUGACUUGAGGCGUUGGGCUGACCUCUUGUUGGUGGCUCCUCUGGAUGCGAAUACCCUUGCCAAAAUUGCAAAUGGCAUUUGUGACAACUUACUGACGUGUGUCAUCCGUGCCUGGGACCUGAGCAAACCCUUGUUCUUCUGUCCUGCCAUGAACACGUUUAUGUGGGAGCACCCCAUCACAGCUCGGCAGGUGGAGCAGCUGAAAGAAUUUGGCUACAUAGAGGUUCCUUGUACAGUGAAGAAACUGGUUUGUGGGGAUGAAGGCCGAGGCGCCAUGGCAGAAAUUUCAACCAUUGUGGAAAAAGCAAAGGCGAUACUGUUGGAAUGGGGCCUGCUGAAGCUGAGUUGAUUAGAAGAUUCAGGAGUUGCAGCAUCGCUACGGUUGAACGACAAAGGGAGCUUGAUUUGCUGCUGAACAAUCCAGCGCAUGCUGCAUGAAGGUGCCGCCACAGGGGGAAGGCGGUGUUGCUUCUGUACCCGACCUCUUGCAAGCCUGGACAAGAGUUUCAUCAUGGUCCUUAUUAUCAGCCAGCAGAUGCAGUUCCCCAGCGGCUCUGCUUUUGUUGUUCCUUAUUUGCCAAGAGAAGGAUAUGGAGCUCUUUAAAAGGCUGCCCCGGGGAACGCUUGGGCGCUGUUUUGAUUAUUGUUUUUCGUCAGCCUCUGGUGUUUUCUCCUAACGGGCCAUGGGCUGAAUUAAUUUCACCCAGGUUUAUUAGUGGAAAGAAAGUUAUCCCUGUAGGCUGUGUGGUGAGCAAUAGAAAAGCGUCAGAAUCUCUCCCUGCUAUUAAAGAUGACCUGCUUGGCGAUGUAGGUGUGCCACAGAUCUUUGUGAAACUGUAACCCAGUGGUUGUUAUUGUCAUCACUGCUCCCUCAAUGUCCAGUGUUCAGUGUAAAUGUCAAAGCAGCACCACUGAAGCACAAGACAGAGGUAUUGGCAAGCUUGGGUGAACACCAACAUUUUCAGAAAAUAUUUUGCGGAUGUAGAGAGAAUAGUCAGGGGAGUGGAGACCCCAAAACCUCUGGGGGAAGACUGAGCAUGCUCAGUAGUCAUAGAGUGGUGACUGACUAGAGGGGAUGAAGUUGCUAAAAGGUGGAAGAGGAUGUAUUCCGUUUGUGAAUAUUUUGCGGCAGGACUCUCUUGUUACUUUCCAAAAUUAAUUUAGGUUGGGUGUUACCAUAACUGUACCAUAAAUAUUACAUUUUUGCUGGCUUCUUUGUGGCCAAUAUGUGUCCAACCUGUUUUGCAAUCCUAGGUUUAAGUGUUAGGUCCGGAAGUUGCAUAGGUUACA